UUGUCGCGAGAUCCCGGCUUCGGUCCCCGGUCCCUGACAGCAGCCGCGGUGACAGCGGCGCAGCUGGACCGGGCGAUGGCGGCCCUCCGGCGGCUGCUGUGGACAGCACCGCGGCGCCUGGGACCCUCUUUGCCCGGACCGAGGCCGGGGAGGUCUCUGUGGGGGCGACCGGGAGCGGAGAGCGAGGCGGCUGCAGAGUCUGAGCGGCCGGAGGAACGGGAGGACGAGGAGGCCUGGCAACGGCGGCGGCGGCGGCGGCGCUGGGGGGAGCUGGGCGCGGCGGCCGCAGCUGGGGGCGGGCUGGUGGGCGCCGUGUGCCACCGAUUGUACGGGCCGCAGUCACAGCCCACGCCUGAUGAGCCGACCCCCGAACCCGCUCCCCCGCCCCCCACCGCGCGCCUUCCCCUCGCGGUGGCCGCCGCCGCCAGGGACAGCACGGUAGCUGCUGGUAAAGCAGAUUUGGAAGACCUAGAUGUCUUUGCCACUUCUCGGGAAAGACGGUUUCGUUUAUUUGCUUCUUUAGAAUGUGAAGGUCAAUUAUUCAUGACUCCACAGGAUUUCAUCCUGGCUGUUACAACUGAUGAGCCCAAAUAUGUUAAGCAGUGGAGAUCACUUUCGAAACAGGAAUUAAAUGAAAUGCUUAAAGAAACACCACCAGCUUGGAAAGGAUCAUCAAAACUUUUUCGAAAUCUUAAGGAAAAAGGUGUAAUUUCUUACACAGAGUACCUGUUUCUUUUAUGUAUUUUAACAAAGCCUCAUGCAGGUUUUAAAAUAGCUUUCAAUAUGUUUGAUACUGAUGGCAAUGAGAUGGUGGAUAAAAAGGAGUUUUUGGUGCUUCAAGAAAUAUUCAGGAAAAAAAAUGAAAGAAGAGAAGCAAAAGGCGAUGAGGAAAAGCGUGCACUGUUGCGUGUUCAACUUUAUGGACUCCAUGCCUCUCCUAAUAAUGUGGUUAAAACAGGAGAACUCAUCUCCAGAAGCUACUGGGAUACACUGAGACGGAACACGAGCCAGGCGCUCUUUUCGGACCUCACCGAGCGAGCAGAUGACAUCACAAACUUAGUAUCAGAUACUACACUACUUGUACAUUUUUUUGGAAAGAAAGGCAAAGCAGAGCUCAACUUUGAAGAUUUUUACAGAUUUAUGGACAACCUGCAAACAGAAGUUCUAGAAAUUGAGUUUCUUUCUUAUUCCAACGGCAUGAACACUAUCAGCGAAGAAGACUUUGCUCACAUUCUGUUGAGAUAUACAAACAUAGAAAACACAGCUGUGUUUUUAGAUAACGUUCGCUACAAUAUAAUGGAAGAAAAGGGCAUCACAUUCGAUGAAUUCCGGUCCUUUUUCCAGUUUCUGAACAACUUGGAGGAUUUUGCGAUCGCACUGAACAUGUACAACUUUGCAAGUCGCUCCAUAGGGCAAGAUGAAUUCAAGCGUGCUGUCUAUGUGGCAACUGGCCUGAAGCUCUCGCCCCAUCUGGUGAGCACCAUCUUCAAGAUUUUUGAUGUGGACAAAGAUGACCAGCUGAGUUACAAAGAAUUCAUCGGCAUUAUGAAAGACCGGCUGCAGAGAGGAUUCCGGGGCUACAAAACGCUUCAGAGGUAUCCCACUUUCAAAUCCUGCCUGAAGAAAGAACUCCACAGCAGAUAGGUACUUCCCAGGGGUGGCUUAAAGGAUGAUUGUGCCAUCUGAGUGACCCGGACAGACCUUUCAGAGCCUGCAGAAACCGCUUCACCACCAGGAGAUGCUGAGAUAAGGAAAGAUGAAAAACUGCAAAAACAACGUAUUCUGUUUGUCAUCAAUUCACGUCCAUUUGAGUUGGAGAUCCCCAGCCUACCAGCUGUGUGAUUCACUGACUCGUUCUCUGUGCACUUCUUCCCAUUCCCUUCUUAAGGCUUAUAAAGUCUAAGGGAUCGACUGAGGAACAUGUUAAAGACGUGUCCUUUGUGUUCAUUCAUUCAUUAUUUAUUUAUUUGUGGGAGACUUUCCCAUCAGUGAAAACAGCAGGUGCCUCGCGGAAUAGUGUGAUGGGGGAAGACACAUGUUUUGGAUCUUAGGGAAGGGCGCUCACCCAUCUCGGUGACUAGUGCAUGUCCUUGGGCCCAGCUCUGCAUGAACAAGGGUCAUGGUCUACAUUGUCCCAGCCUCGUUCUUUCCUGAUACAGCCUCGCGCCAGGAGCUGUGAUGCACUUUGGACUUUCAGAGGGCUGCAUGAAUGGGAGUCAUUGUGAGAAUCACAGGAAACCCUCAUGCUGCUCCCCCCCCCACCUGUCUGCCAGGUAUCCUAGCUCUUCAGAGAACGGCCCUUGUAGUGGUCAGGGCCUCUGCAGCAUGUGCCCGCCCCUGGGGGCAGGUUGUCCUUCUGUCUUGUAUUGCAUGAGAAUAGCUCGUUUCUAUUCAGGUGAGAGUUAGCCUAGAUUAAUACAGUUUGGUUGGAAAGAAUGUCUGUAUCGUAUUUAUUGGUAAUAAUUUAUUCUUUCUUGAAAAAGGACCACAUUAAAGGCACUUUCCACAGCAAGGUUGUUUUUAAGUAAGCAUUAAAAAUCUAAAUGUAGAAUUCAUUCUUCUUAAAACAAUCUGUCUUUAAAGGACAGAAAAGUAGAUCUCAUUUAGAAACAAUGAAAAUUAGCUUUCAAGCAAAGAAUUGAUGCUUUUUGAUUGAUUACUGGAAGUCUGAUUAUUGUAUUAAAAAAAACUCCACUAAGGGCAGCUAGGUGGCACAGUGGAUAGAGCACCAGCCCUGAAGUCAGAAGGACCUUAACACGUCCUAGCUGUGUGAGCCUGGGCAAGUCACUUAACUCCAACUGCCUCAGGGGGGAAAAAAAAGAACAAAGUUCCUGUGAGAUACUGGCCUAAUGCUGAGAUGAUUAGCCCUUCAGAUUUUGUGAUAUUUUAUAAGUGAAAAUCUAAAAUGACAAUUUUACAUUUUGGCCAUGAAUUUCACUUUAACUUACAGUUAAAUUUUUACAAGAUUUCAUCAGGGUGAUUUCUUUUUCUACCAGUCCACAUGACGGGGACCUCCAUGAGUUGUCCUAAAGACAAAAUCAUACCUGCUGACCAGUCCUCUGCAGGCCGCCUUCAGAUGGGCCAGGCCUUAAUGUCAGGCCUGGAUAGUCCUGAGGUUACUGGCCGCCUUUCCAGCAACAUUAAAAAGGAAGACCACAAAAGGUAGCAGGCCACAUUCCCCAGCUAGGAGACAACUGAGAAUGAUGUUGACAGGGGCGAGAUCAUCAAAAGCGCCUGGGAGCAUUUUCAAGAUGGCAGCACCGUGGCUGGUGUGCUGACUUCGGCUAGCUCCCCGAGGCCCAGCUUGCUGUUCCCUACAGUGGCCUAGGUCUGAAAGUUAAGUAUCACCCGGCUUUGGUUCCACUUGUACUUUUAAAAUACAGUUUGAGGAUUUGGCUGAAGGUUGAGGAAGUAAAUGAAGACCUCCUGCUAUUCCAUAUGAGGUUAGUACCUCUAGGUCCAGCUUAACCUAGAGUAAAUUGUUCCUAAGGUUAGCACUUGGUGGGAAAUGACUGUGUAAGUAACUGCUGCUCUGCCCAAGGCCUGGGAGAAAGCCUGGUUUUCCACAAGUGUGGCUCAUAGCAGCAGAGCCUGAUCCCUCUCCCUCCGCCCCAAGGAGGAGUAGUUAGCACCAGGAAAAGCAGCUCGAUGUCCUUUCCUAUCCCAAGGAAGUCGAUGAAUGCCCGUCUGUGUGUAAGACUGCCAUAUAAUACUACUAUGUGAAUAAGCAAAAUCUUGCCAGAAACUUCAGAAAAAUUAGUCUCCUGCUGAUUACAAUGCAUCUCUAUGUGCUAGCAAUAUUUACCUCUAUCAAACACUUUUUAUGGAAAGAUUGAUGUUAGUUAGAUCUCCAUGUCAAACCCUAGCAUCGUGUCGACAGAACUCGUGCAUUCUAAAUGUGGUAUCAUGAAAUAAAAGUUUAAAAUGACAUCUCAGAA